UAGCAUAAAGGAUUAUUAAGGAAUUUUUAUAAUGUAUAUCAAGCCCCUAAUAUUUCUAAUUUUUAUUGCAGGACUAGGUCAAUUAAUGCAUGGGCUGGUUUCAUAUCCACAAAAACUUCCUGGAAUCAAGAACAUACAUGAUCAAAAGUUGAGGCAUGCUCAAGCCAUCAAAAUUCUUGGGAGCAUUUGUAUUGAACUACAAAAUAUGAAAGUUGACGUCCUUGGUUUUCAAGUGCACCAAGCAGUCUUCCAGGCUGUCAAGCGAGGGAAUGUUGAGUUUGACACUGAGAUGAUUAAGUCUAUUCCUGAGUUAGCGUGGAGCCGUGAUAUUAAUGGAAGAAACAUAUUUUUUAUUGCUAUUUUGAACCGUCAGGAAAAGAUUUUCAACCUUUUACAUGGGCUUACUGACGCACAGAAGAUGAAAGUGAUAUCUCCUUUGGAUAGGUUUGGAAAUAGCAUGCUACAUUUGGUUGCGAUGUUAGCACCAUCGGAACAGCUUGAUGGUAUUUCAGGUGCCGCUCUGCAGAAAGAGAACUACAAUGGUUUAAGGUCAGCUUCUUUUCACCUACACCUCUCAUAACAUAAUACAUAUUUUCUCUAUCUAUACAUUCAAUUUGAAACACUAAGAUCCCAUCUGUGGUCUUCACAUUCCCUUUUAGGAGCUACUCUAAAACUUACCCCUUAAUAUGGCAAGUUCCAUGUAAGCCUUAGUCCCUACUUCCUAGGAAUUUUCAAGAACUGUGUCUAUUAUUAGUGUGCUUUGGGUGUAAGAGAAUGAAAAUAGAGAAAAGAAAGAAAGAAAUAUUUCGCCUUUUCAUUUUUCUCAUUGAUAUUUAAUCGAUUGGUUUCUACAAAUAUUAAUGUUAGUAGCCUACAAUUAUUUUCCCAAUAAGCUAAGGUGAAUAUCUAAGCUUCUCAUGUCUUUAUACCUCCAACCCCCUACCUUUUUUUUUCCUGGAAUUUAGACAACCAAUCAAGUAUUCACCUACAUCUUAGUAGCAUGCUUUUCAAAUUUUUCAUGAUGUUACUAUAGGAGGUGAAAAACAUUGUGCCACCAAUAUUCAAGGACCUUACAAACUCAGAUGGAAAAAAGGCCAGUGAGGUGUUCUCUCAGCAGCAUGCAGACUUGGUAAAAGAAGGGGAGAAAUGGAUGAAGGAGAUAGCAACAUCUAGUUCAGUUGUAGCUGCUCUCAUUGUUACCAUUAUGUUUGCUGCAGCCUUCACUAUUCCUGGGGGUAACAAUGACAAAGGCGCUCCCAUAUUCUUGGACGACACCUUGUUCAUGGUUUUUAUAAUAUCCGAUUCAAUCUCACUCUUUUCUGGUACUACUUCAAUGUUGAUGUUCCUGGGAAUCCUGACAUCAGUAUAUGCAGAAAACAAAGCUAAUAAUAGGCCUUUCCGCCCUUUUCAUCUCUAUUGCAGCCAUGAUGAUAGCCUUCUGUGCCGCCCUUGCUGUUUUGCUAAAGGAAAGCUCAACCAAAGUGGUUAUGAUCCCGAUUAUUUUACUUGCCUGUGUUCCGGUGAUCCUAUUCGCAUUAUUGCAAUUUCCCCUUCUUGUUAAUAUUUUCAUUUCCACAUUAUGGGCCAGGCAUCUUCGAUAGGAAUGUACAACGUUUGUACUAGCUAGCUGUGUCCCUUCAAUGUGUUAUAACAUAACGCAUGCCCUUUAUUAGUCUGUUCAAUAAUAUGUUUUAUUUUAAGGCGCAUGUAAGAAACACACCAGUUCUAUUGAUGCCUAUAUGAUUCUAUAUUACCUCGA